AGGGAGGAGGGACACGGCUUGGACGGAUACGUGCCAGAGAAGGCGCAUGCAGGCAAGAUAUGGCGAGGAAAUGCUAUUUUUGCUUCAACAACACAGCGUGCCGCUCCGGUGGAAAAUGCCGAUCGAUGAGGCGGCGGUAGCGGCGGUAGCGGCAGCAGACGCGGCGGCUGCGUUGCGUGUCUCUCUGCACUGUGUGCAGCUCCGGGUGUCUGGAGGCCUGGUUAGAUCAGCUGGUAGCAGUUGCUGAGGCAUAUGUGGACGUUUAAUUCAAUCAGGACGAAGACGAGCACACUACUGUACUAUUAUGACAUUAACUAUAAAGAUACUGGCGGGUUAUUAUAGUAAGAUUAGAGACAUACUAUACAAUGGGACCAGGUCAGGAUAAACCUACAAUUUUAAUGUCUAAGAAAUGCACACUUUUUCUGUCGACACUACAACCAAUACCACGAUGUAGCUUCAUAAAUGGGAUGCACCAUUUUACUUUUUCUCUCCCUAUACAAUACCUCAACUCAAGUUUAUCCAAUACCAGAACUCUAUUUUCCCCAAAUAUGCUACGUGUAUACCUCGCUGUGUGAAAACUCAUUAGGGUUCUCUGGUUAGGUAACGUGAAGCAUGCAUUGCUGUGGCACUAAAAAUGCAGUCACCGGCUCACCAUGACUGAAUAAAUGUAACUGACGAUAGAAAUGCUGAAGAACUUUAUUUAAUGUAGAUGUGUAUCCUCUGGUCGAUACGCAGUCCUCUUAAAAAGGGCCUUAGUGGUUUAGUGCAUCCUAAAUGAAUGUCACACACUCAAAGACGCACACUGGUUUACAAGAGACUACUUACUUUAUACACUGGAAGAGAUUAACUAAUAUCCAUAAGAUAUAUCAGAUAUACACGUUCAUACAUCGGUACAAAAGCAAGUCAAACACUGUGUAUUUAAACCGUCUACAGUAUCCGACAUGUCAAACAAACAUUUUUUUAGGUAAAGCUUAAUAAAGACAACAACAGUAGAAUAUAAAACACGAUUAAUUCACAGGCGACACUUUCUCUGGUGCUCAAAGGACAUCAUAUUGAUUUCAUCUAGCAACAACACACUGAUACAAUAACAUGUAUCUCUGUGCUAUACGCGUUAUACAAUGCUUAAAGGGAAGUAGCUUGAGUUUCUAGUCAUUUCUAAACAACUUUGGGUUUAACGCCGCAGGGCCCACAGAUCCUGUCAUGCUGUGUUUCCCAUUGCUGUCUUGAUAUUUGUCUUGACAGUAUCCUGUUGUCCAGUGGCAUUUAUCUGUAUUUAUUACUUUUAUCACCGAUUGGGAUAAUAAACAGAGCUUGAAGGAGUCGCUCUUUAUCUUCAGCCCAACUGACUCCAAAACACUGUCGUGUGUUUACAUCAGAGGGUUUAUUUUAGUACGGGGAUCAAAUCAAGCAAGUUCUGGUUCACCUUGAAAAACCCAGGCCAUUAAGCUAUUUUGGAUCCUGUCCUCUCCCUCUCCCCCGUCCUCCCCCAUAGUUUUGGAAGUAGCUUGAUCUAUGAAUCUCUGUUUUUAUGAGACACAAUCACAAGUGUGUCCGGUUGUCCAGGAAAUGGGAUUCAUUGUGCAUUUAGCCGACAGUUAUGCUUUUUAUUUCCUUUCAGAUUUGGGACGAAGAAGAUCUUUGCUGAGAAGCUAUUGAGAGAGCUAAACGGUGUCCGGCCUGUUCAUUAAUAUGGGCCCAGCGGAAGCCAUGGAGAUAGGGCUGGGAGCAGAGACUGGUCGUCUCAUUAACCUUGGUCUCUGAGUGCUGUUCCUGGCACAAAAAUCUGGGGCUUCGUGAAGCGACUGUUGCGCUUUUUGACCCCAUCUAGUCAGUUCCACCCUGUGGCCCUGCAGUGUGGCCUCUACAAACCCCUCCUCACUACUUAAAAAAUUUGUCCGCGGGGAUAAAUGAGUGAACCGGCUGCAAGGGAAAGGGCUGGGACAUGUACCAGAACCCCAACAGAAUGUCCUGGUUCAGUGGUUUCCUAGUCGCCAGGGUGGACGACCGCAAGACUGCGUGGGGGGAGCGCAAUGGCAAGAAGUCCAAACGGAAGGGAGGGUCAUCUCUCUGCAACCCGCGUUACAUGAGCUGUCUGCGGGACCCAGAUGCUAUGGAGCCCCCUUCUGGAGCCCCCUUCCAUCAGCACCACCGCGGAGGGGGGGCUGGGGCCAUGGGAGGUGGGGGCAACUUCGGCGUCCGUUGCGGAUGGCAGGAGGACCACUACGGCAAAAGGGGAGGGGCUCCCGGGGAAGGGGUGGGGCUGAAAUCGGUCGACUUGGGCUUUGAGGAUGGCGAGUUGAAAGGGAGGAAAGGGGGGUGUAACGGAGGAAGCGGGGACAUGGGCGAUGACGGUCCCAACGGCGCAGCAGGGGUGGUGACGGCUGCGGACUGCUGGCUCAGGGUGGUGCAGGUGUUCCAGUCUAAAAAAUUCCAGUCCCGCAAACUGGAGCGCCUAUACCAGCGUUACUUCUUCAGACUGAACCAGAGCUCCUUGACCAUGCUCAUGGGGGUACUUGUGAUCGUGUGCGGCAUCAUGCUGACCUUCCACUGUGUCCACGCCGCCCCUCACGUGGCCUACUCGUCAGCCCUGUCGGUGGCGAUGGCGCUCUUCAUGGCUCUUAUGGUGGUGUGCAACCGCAACGGCUUCCACCAGGACUACAUGUGGAUGGUCAGUUACCUGGUGAUCGGAGUCUUGCUGUCCGUGCAGGUGUUCGGGGUGCUCAUGGUGGCACCCAGGAGCGCCUCGGAGGGCAUCUGGUGGUCCGUGUUCUUCAUCUACAUCAUCUACACUCUGCUGCCUGUGAGGAUGAGAGCGGCUGUGCUGAGUGGAGCCUUGCUGUCCAUCAUACACGUGGUCACAACAUGGCAGCUCAAUCAGGAAGACCAGUUCCUCUGGAAACAGGUGAGCGCUAAUGUCCUGAUCUUCCUGUGCACUAACAUCAUUGGUAUCUGUACCCACUACCCCGCUGAGGUUUCCCAGAGACAAGCCUUCCAGGAGACCAGAGGAUACAUCCAGGCCAGGCUACACCUGCAGAGGGAGAAUCAACAACAGGAACGUCUGUUGCUUUCAGUGUUGCCAAGGCACGUUGCCAUGGAGAUGAAGGCUGACAUCAAUGCCAAGAAGGAAGACAUGAUGUUCCAUAAAAUCUAUAUCCAGAAACACGACAAUGUCAGUAUUCUGUUUGCAGACAUCGAGGGUUUCACCAGCCUGGCCUCUCAGUGCACGGCUCAGGAGCUGGUCAUGACCCUCAAUGAACUCUUCGCCCGCUUCGACAAGCUGGCAUCGGAGAAUCACUGUCUACGUAUCAAAAUUUUGGGAGAUUGUUACUACUGUGUGUCCGGGCUGCCUGAACCCCGGGCUGACCACGCCCACUGCUGUGUGGAGAUGGGCGUCGACAUGAUAGAGGCGAUCUCGCUGGUGCGCGAGGUGACGGGGGUCAACGUUAACAUGCGCGUUGGGAUUCACAGCGGGCGAGUGCACUGCGGCGUGCUGGGACUCAGGAAGUGGCAGUUUGACGUGUGGUCAAACGAUGUCACGCUGGCUAAUCACAUGGAGGCGGGAGGCAAAGCAGGGCGGAUCCACAUCACUAAGGCCACCUUGCAGUAUCUUAAUGGAGACUAUGAGGUGGAACCCGGCUUCGGAGGGGAGAGGAACGCGUAUCUGAAGGACAACAGCAUUGAGACCUUCUUGGUUCUCGGCUGCAGCCAGAAACGGAAGGACGAGAAGGCAGUGAUGGCUAGAAUGCAGCGGACGAGAGCUAACUCUAAUGAGGGUCUGAUGCCACGCUGGGUCCCCGACAGAACCUUCUCCAGGACCAAAGACUCCAAAGUCUUCAGACAAAUGGGGAUUGAUGAGACCUCCAGUAAAGAUAACCGUGGUGUUCAGGAGGCCAUGAACCCGGAGGACGAGGUGGAUGAAUUUCUGGGGAGAGCCAUUGACGCUCGCAGCAUUGACCAGCUAAGAAAAGACCACGUUAAGAAGUUCCUACUCACCUUCCAGACGUCUAGCCUGGAGAAAAAGUAUUCCAAGAAGGUGGACGAUCGUUUUGGAGGCUAUGUUGCGUGUACUCUACUAGUAUUCUGCUUCAUAUCCUUCAUACAGAUUGUUAUCUUUCCACACACCCCGGUCAUGCUGGGAAUCUACAUCAGUAUCUUCGUCAUUCUUGCCAACAUCCUUUUUAUUUGUGCCAUAUAUUCUUGCAUCAAGCUCUUUCCAGCUGCAAUGCAGACUGUUUCAAAGAAGAUUGUCCAGUCUCGCACCAACAGCACCCUGGUUGGAGUAUUUACCAUUAUCCUCGUUUUCAUCUCUGCCUUUGUUAAUAUGUUUGCCUGUGACACCAUGAGCUUGAAACAAUGUGUUGCCGAGAAGCUGAACACCUCUGCAGCGCUGGUGACGCCCUGUUUGAUCCGCAGCUUAAAUGUGUCCAUUGAAGGGGGUCUAGAGAUCUGUCCUAACCAAGGCCCCUCCUGCCCUUUUCCUGAGUAUUUCAGCUACAGUGUGCUGCUGACGUUGCUGGCCUGCUCGGUGUUCCUGCAGAUCAGCAGCAUAGGGAAGCUGGCUCUCAUGCUGCUCAUCCAGCUCACCUUCCUGCUGCUGGUGGAGUGGCCACAAGUAGCACUAUUCGACAACGCAGACCUCUUUGUCACCUCCAAUGCCAUUGAUUUAAAUAAAACUAGUGCUCAAUGGUCCAGUUUCAAUGAAACUACAAACCAGUGCCCAUUUGUUGUGACCAAAGUGUCCCUGAGGGUCAUGACUCCAGUGAUCCUCACAGUAUUUGUCCUGGCGCUGUACCUGCACGCCCAGCAGGUUGAAUCUACCGCACGCCUCGACUUCCUGUGGAAACUACAGGCCACAGAGGAGAAGGAGGAGAUGGAGGAACUGCAAGCCUACAAUCGUCGCCUCCUCCAUAAUAUUCUGCCUAAGGACGUAGCCGCUCAUUUUUUGACGCGUGAACGGCGUAACGACGAGCUAUACUACCAGUCCUGUGAGUGUGUGGCCGUCAUGUUCGCCUCCAUCAGCAAUUUCUCCGAAUUCUACGUGGAGCUGGAGGCCAACAACGAGGGAGUGGAGUGUCUCCGGCUGCUCAACGAGAUCAUUGCUGACUUUGAUGAGAUCAUCAGUGAAGACAAGUACAGGCAGCUGGAGAAGAUCAAGACCAUUGGCUCCACCUACAUGGCUGCGUCCGGUCUCAAUGACUCCACCUACGACAAAGAGGGCCGCUCACACAUUAUUGCACUGGCCGACUACGCCAUGAGACUGAGGGAGCAGAUGAAGUACAUCAACGAGCAUUCCUUCAACAACUUCCAGAUGAAGAUAGGUCUGAACAUGGGACCAGUGGUGGCUGGGGUUAUUGGUGCACGGAAGCCUCAGUAUGAUAUUUGGGGCAACACGGUCAAUGUGGCCAGUCGUAUGGACAGCACAGGUGUACCUGACUGCAUACAGGUGACUACAGACCUCUACCAGGUGCUUGCAAACAAAGGGUACGUGCUGGAGUAUCGGGGGGUGGUUAAGGUCAAAGGUAAAGGGGAAAUGACAACCUACUUCCUGAACGAAGGACCGCCCAGCAGUUAGCAGCCGACGCAGCAGCAAUGCUGGGACGAUCCCCACUUCAGAGACACAGCACCACUGAGCGAGGACUCACAGUGGAGCUAAUGGCUUAAAAACUAGAGACGCCAUCACUUGAAUCCCAAGUAAAGAGGAAAACAAAAAACUUUUAAAGACUUCAAAAAGGAAAGUGUUCUUGAUGAGAGGAAAAUGUUCUCGUUUGACAGCCAUUUUGGCUCACAUACAUGUUGAAGGACACGUGCUGUUCUCAUGUCUAGCCUCUCUCUCAGGCUUCUUGAAAGAUGCAAAGUCUGUUUAUUUAAAACAACGCCUUUUAGCCUGUGUCAAAAGAAGAUUAACGCUGUACAUAAGGCUACUUUUUAUUUUUACUCUGAGGUUUGUUUGUUUUCUUUUUUCGGGUAAAUUUUUUUCAUUUCACAUGAAUUAUGAACAGGUACUCAUACUUUGUUUCUGAAUUAGUUAUUUAUUUAGAUCUCGAUGUUUUGUGCAAAAGGUCCUUUAUGAAAAAGUGUGAAUACAUACGUGCACAAAUAUCCAGUUCAUUACACGUUUAUAAGUGUAUGUAAAUGCAUAUUUGUGUGUGUAUGAAUAUAUGUAUAAACUGAAGAGGAAUAUAUUGACCAAAGACUAAAGUAUUUACUAAAAGCAAGGCAAGACAUGUUUGAUAUGUUCUCGCUAAAGUCAGCAAUGAUCACCGCCUCUGUUUUUUGGGCAGGAGGCUUGAACCCUCUGUCUUUUUGGCCAACUGCUGGCAGCACCGGCUGCUUCAUUGUUUUCAUAGAAACAUGUAUAAUUAAUUUAUUUUGUCUGUCAUUCAAGAGCUCACUUUGACUUUAAAUUGUGAUGUUGCCCUCAACCUCAAAACAAAAUGACUUAAGACGACUAAGGAUGUUAUAAGAAGGUGAUAUCUGAAAUCUAUAUUUUUUAUCUCUGAGGACUAGAAGUAGCUCCAGCUGGGAUUAGGAUCCUCUUCAUCCUCACUUCAUGUCAGAUUGGUUCCUUAGAGCUUGAGCAGCCAGUGUGCAGCUGGUUUUCAGCCCUUACAGUAUAUUGUCAUCGCUGCUCCUUCCCUUUUCAGAGAAGUAUUUUUUUUUUUCGGUGCAGAUGGAAAUGAAGGAACUUAAAAUCAGAGCCAUCAGGGGGGAAAAACCUCGGAUUUCAACGCAGUGGUACCACACAGCCUGAUUCUUCUGUGAAGAAGAAAUAGAUGAAGGAAAGAAAUAUAUAUUGAUUUUGACUGAAUACUGUGCUUUGUAAUCCUGAAGGGGCAUAACUAUUUUCACUGUGAGGUUUUUAUGAUACAACAAAAACUGCUUUCUUGCCAAACAUAACUGCUUUGAAGCAUGUCUGAUUGUGGUAUCUUGUUUUUAUUUUUGUUUGUUUUAACGUAGGGUAUUUUGUAUCACUUCUGUAUCCAUCAUUUGUAUAUUCUUAAUGUUGUUAUUAUUAUUAUUAUUAUUAUUAUUAUGAUGAUGAUUCUGAUUAAUUAUUAUGCUUAUUAUGAUGAUUCCAUUCCAAUGAAAAGGAUCAAAGACCAGCACGCUUUCUUGUAAAAUGCCAGUUGUAAAGCUCAAGCUCACUGGUACCAACGGAUCAACUGCAGCCAAUGAAUUCUGCUGUUCAGUCCUAAUGUACAAUACAGUAUUUCAACUGGCGAUAGGUGUGAUCAUGUAUAGUAAGUAAUAACCAUUAGCUGCCUUUGCAGCGGAACCCGAGUGGUGUAUGCUCACAUAAGCAUAGCAGUAAACACACACAUAUACAGAUGAUUCACUGUGCUUUUUUUAUUUUAUUUAUGCCACUACUGCAGUAUUGUAAUUCUCAGUCAGGCUUUAAGGUGACCUCUCCCUCCCACACAUUCACUUCUCAGUAGUAGCAAAUUACAUCCCUGGUGUUACACUAUGUGAAGAGGACAGAAUUAAUAAACCUAUACAUAUAUUUAUUGUAUUGUUUCUCUCGCCGUCCCCCCCCCCCCCUCCACGCUCAGUAGAAGUACUAAUAGCUGAGUUUGAUUGCCUUAAGUUAAAAUAAAACCAAUCAUAGAAUAUCAGUGAACAGGAACAGUGCCUGCUUGCUCUGCCUGGACUGCUGAUGUUUGGACGGAGAAAAAGGGAUAAGGGCUUGUCGAGAAUAAUCUCCAGUAAACAUCAUCGUUGCAGCGACCUGGCUUUCUCCGGCUUCAACUUUUGUAAUUGGGAGAAUCGGCCCCUGAUUUAGCUCUUCCGACCACACUCGACAAUGGCAACCAACAGUUGAUCACGUUUGUACCAAAGCCAGCUCACGCAGCCUUGUGCUGUUGGUCCCCUCCUGUGCAAUGAUAUUGGGCCUUGGGGCGUGGUGGGACCACCAGAGGACAGUAAUGUAAUAGAGAUCACCAACUAUCAAGUGAACUGUGAACAAUGAAGGGUGAUUCAUAUAAGCAAAGAAUUUAUAGAAUGGACAUGAGUUUAUAAAAAUGUGCAUUGUAUGUAUUCUAUUUCUAUUGCUGUCCAUAGACUUGUGUUGAUUGUUAACUCUUGGGACGUUUUGGGGGAGGAACAGGAGAGGGAGGUUGUCCCCAUACUACUGAAACAGUGUUUGCUCAGGCCUGAUGAAUCCUUCCCUAUUUGUUUUUGUUUUAUUUGUAUUUUCCCUGAGUUGGAGGAUUUGAAAGGGGAGUGUUUUUUGCAAAGGUGAAGGACGAGAAGAGUUGAGGACUAUGACAAAGAGAAAAAUAACAUUUCCCCAUGAAGAAAAAAUAAUAAAAAAAAUCAAUGGCU